AGGGACUAGGAGUGCAUAUUUGGUCCACUUCUUUCCUAGUAUCUUCCCUUUCGCUCACAGCUGGCUUCUUGAGUUCCACACCUAAGCCUAAUACUCUCUACUCGUAUAAAUAUACCUUCCCUUGCUUCUUUUUUAUUAAUCCUUUCUUAGCCCAACAAAUUCUAUUCUUUUAAUUCAGUACUCUAUUAUAAACAAUGACAUCUUUAUCUUCAUCUUCCAACAUGUUUCUACAAAUAAUCCUCCUUUUCUUUCUCAUCACUUCUUCCCUCGCAACGAGCCGACUCACUGAGUCAACUCAGCAGCAAAUGGCCUUCCAAUACCAUAAAGGCCAACUCCUUAGUGGUAAAAUCCCAAUCAACCUCAUUUGGUAUGGCAAAUUUACACCAUCCCAAAGAGCUAUCAUCACUGAUUUUAUCACAUCCUUAUCAUCAUCAUCAUCAUCAUCAUCCUCUACUCAACAACCCCAACCAUCUGUUGCCACGUGGUGGAAUACCAUUGGUAAAUACUACCACCUUACCAACUCUAAGAAUAAUAAACCCAUCUCAAUCUCCUUAGUCAACCAAGCCAUUGACCAAACAUACUCCCUUGGUAAGUCCCUUACUAGUAACCAACUUAUACACCUUGCUUCUAAGGGUGGUCAACAAGUCAACGCCAUCAACAUAGUGUUGACUUCUUCUGACGUGGCAGUGGAAGGAUUUUGUAGUAGCCGAUGUGGAACCCAUGGAUCAUCCUACAUUUCCAAGAAUACUCAUCAAAAGUUCACUUAUAUUUGGGUUGGAAACUCUGAGAUUCAAUGUCCGGGUCAAUGUGCGUGGCCAUUCCACCAGCCCAUUUACGGGCCACAAAGCCCACCAUUGGUUGCACCCAAUAACGAUGUGGGCCUGGAUGGGAUGAUUAUAAACUUGGCCUCUCUGCUGGCAGGGACAGUAACAAACCCAUAUGGAAAUGGGUACUACCAAGGCCCGAAAGAUGGCCCAUUAGAGGCAGCAUCAGCAUGUCCAGGGGUAUAUGGGAAAGGAGCAUAUCCAGGAUAUGCUGGGAAUUUACUGGUGGAUUCAACAACAGGUGCAAGUUAUAAUGCAAAUGGAAUUAGUAAAAGGAAGUAUCUGCUUCCUGCUUUAUUUGAUCCAACCACCUUGUCUUGCUCUACUUUGGUUUGAUAUUUUAUCAACAAUACAUGGUAUAUAAUUUUGCAGGUUGCUUGGAAAUAAUAUAGCAAUAUGUUAGAGAUACUAUAAUAGAAAUGUCACACAAGUUUUUAAAUAUUGUACGUAGCAUGUUGACAUAGAGCCAUAGAGGUUUUGUAGUGAAGCAAUGUAAUUGUUUAUUUGUUUAGUAGUAUAAAGUUGACUAGUAUAUUACUAUCUUUUGUUUUUGAUAAUAAUUUUAAGAAUAAGAUUUUAUUUUUUUACUUUAUGAUUUAUCUAUUUACUCGCUAUCUUCCUAGAGA